AUGACGUGUUUAUGCAUUUUCCUUCUCCUCCUGGCCGCCCCUUCAUGUGUCCCCUCAGAGAUUCAGCUGGUGGAGUCCGGCCCGGGAGCGGUGAAGCCCGGAGAGACCUUCAAACUAACCUGUGCGGUGUCUGGUUACUCCAUUUCCAGCGGGUACUGGUGGCACCGGAUCCGGCAGCCCCCUGGCAAAGGGCUGGGAUGGAUGGCAGAGAUAUAUGGAGAUGGGCGCAUAUUGUCUGCCCAGUCUCUUAAAAGCCGAUUAGCCAUCUCUGUAGAUGUUUCCAAAAAUGAAUUCUCCCUUCAGCUGAGCUCCCUGACAGCUGCAGAUACUGCCAUGUAUUACUGUGCCAGACAAUGUGAUAAAUUGACUCCUGCUGGAUCCAUCCCUCUGGAGCAAGUUCAGCUGGUCCCGUCCGGCCCAGGAGCGGCGAAGCCCCGAGUGACCCUCACCCUGACCUGUGCUGUCUCUGGAGAUUGCACCGGAAACAUUUCUAGUGGCUGUUGCUACUGGAACUGGAUCCGGCAGAGUCCAGGGAAGGGCUGGAAAGGAUGGGAUAUAUAUAAAGAUGGAGGCACAAGCUCCACCACAUCCCUUCAAAGCAGGAUCACCAUCACGGUAGAUUCCUCCAAGAACCAGGUCUCCCUGCAGCUCCGCUCCCUGACAGCUGCAGACACCGCCACCUAUUACUGUGCCAGAGAGAUAGUGACACAGAGCAAAGCAGGGAGCCGAACAGAAAGGGGAAGCGGAGCCUGCACAGACAUUCAGGCCUCCAUGACGCUGUAG